CAGUUUUCCUUUUUUCUUAUGGAGCUAGAAUGUCCACAUUAGUUUGUUGUCCAUGAUGUGUUGAAGACUCCCACUGGAUUAAAUUCGUCCAAUGGACCCUUGAUUAAAACCCAAAAGUGGGCCAUUACCACAAUCCUUUUGGGCCCACACACUAUCUGAUGUGGCUGGACACAUGGUUGUCCCCACAUGAGUGGACAUCCAUAGCUAAGCGCAGUUUUCCAAUAUGGAUAUAAUCAUCAAUAUGUGCAUGAUAAUGAAUGGAUAUGACCAAUUUCUAGACUUGGAAAAUCCAAAAAUCCUCACAACACUAAAUAUGAAAUAAUGAUGAGAGAAUUUUGAAAUUUGGAAAGUAGUGGAACAAACUAGAACAUAAGAGACAAAAGAUGAAGGUUGUCCAAAAAAGGAAAGAGGAGAGAAAAUCUAUCCCUCUCCCUCUUACACUCUGUAUGGACGCCCCCUCCUAGUGUGGUAUUUGUAUGUAUGGCGGCCUUUGUGGGGCCCGCCACAUGGGCCUCACCUCGAAGAUCUACCCCUUCCAUCUCUCUUUCUCUUUCGCGUGCUUGGUCUGUCCAUAUUCUCCUUUCCUCGAGUGAUCCAUAAUGCAUCCUUGAAUUUUAUUAAUGGUGCGACUUGAUGACCCUAGAUGUAUCUGUGCAAAUUGACAUCCCAGCUAAUCUGGGCCAUCUAAGAUGCUAUUCAUGAUGAGAUCUAAAAGAAACAGAAGAUUAUAACCAACGGACCAUCGAUGGCAAUCGUAUACAUUUAUUUUCUCACAACCAUACAUACAUGUAAUUUUCCAAUUAAAUCAUCAAAUCCACACCGUUUACUUCGUGUUAAUUCAUGUAUGCCUAGAAUUAUAUCUGAUUUGAUAUUAUAUUGUAUCUUAUCCAAUUCAUGCACUCUUUCACUUAAGGGGUAUUUUUUGUUUACCACUAAAUUUAGAUGGGAGAACAUACUUAGACCAAAUGAUGAUUAAGUUAAAUGUGUGGUCACAACAUUCUUUUCUAAUGCUAGUUGUUAAUUUGAGGGAAGUUACUAAUUCUUUUUCUAACUGAAGUUAUGGCCUUUGAUUGAGUAAAAUGGCAGAAAAGGAUUCAUGUAGCCAACCCCAAUUAGUUGGGAUAAGGCUUGGAUGAUGAUGAUGAUGAAGUUGCUAAUUCUUUUACCAUUUCCACGAGUGUUUCAGUUGACUACGAGUAUACCAAUAGAAUCUACUUGGUUCUUGAGUUCAUGGACCAUUCUCUGGAAGGACUUUUAAGUUGCCGAAAGGUGCGAUUUGCAGUUCCACACAUCAAGUGCUAUAUGAAACAGCUCUUGGAAGGACUCUGUUACUGUCAUGCUAAUUGAGUACUUCAUCGUGACAUCAAAGAAGGUAAUAUUCUAAUCAAUAAUGAGGGAAUUUUAAAGCUUGCAGAUUUUGGCCUUUCACGCUGGUGCCCCAGCGAUGACAGCAAUGAACCAAACAAGGACAACACCAAACUUACAUUUGAGGUUAUUAGUUUGUGGUAUAGACCUCCAGAGUUGCUGCUUCAGACUGACGAGCAUUGUGACUAUGGCCCAGCUAUUGACAUGUGGUCUGCUGGCUGUGUUUUCGCAAAGCUGCAUGGAAAACGAGUCAUGGAAGGGAAAGACAAGGCAGAUCAAAUGUAUAAAAUUUGGGAUUUGUGUGGAUCUGCUAAUGAAUUCAACUGGCCUGGGGUUUCCAAGUUGCCAAAGUAUGAUGAAUUCAAGCCGCUAAAGCCAAUGAAGAGAUGUGUUAGGGAGGUUUUGAGUGAUCUUGACCCCUAUGCUUUGGAGUUACUGGACAGAAUGCUGACUCAUGAUCCAUCUAAGAACUGCUUGUGUUUGAAACAUCCAUGCGAUUCUAUGCAGAGGAUAUCAGCGAAAGAAGCACCUGAAGAGGCUUAUUUCUCUACUGAUCCUCCUCCAAGCGAUCCCAAGAGCUUACCCAAAUAUGAAUCCUCGCACGGGUCCUGGGUUCUGUCUGGCAAAGAUUCCAGUGAUGGUGGGCCCCACCCGGAUCACAAAGUUCAAGGGAGAGGAAGCUGCACCAGCAGCCCAUGCACAUCACAGGGGCAUGUCCUACAAACUGAUGCAAGCAGUACACAUGAUGCCAGUCCUGGAGCAGUUGGUGACAGUUAUGGAGUCAAUGCUCGACCAGCACCAAGGUAAUCCGGACGGUCUUUGAUCUAUUCCUCAUGGUGGCUGAAAUGUUGGAUGGUCAAGAUUGAGGUGGAUAAGUGGCUUUUAUGCAUAAUUGAGACAGGAUUUUCUGCUAUAAUAUGUUUACGAAGGUUUGUUAAUUGUUUCAUUCAUGGGAGGAAAAUAAAGAUGUUGAUGGGAUUCGUUUGGAUUCCUAAGGAUUGAUGCUGUAUCAUGCAUAAACAGUAAUAAUAAUAGUAAAAAUUCAUUUGAAGAGGGACU